AUGGCCCCGCUUCGCCAGGGUCUUUUUAAAGAUGGCCUCUGGCGGUGCAACUGCCCAGAUCGCCCAGUUGCAGCUCAUCGUCAAACGAAGAAGGAGGGCAUAAACAAAGGGAAAUGGUUCUACAACUGCGCCAAACCGCAGGACCUCGAAUCAAAAUGCAAGUUCUUCCUAUGGGAAGAACUCGCAUUAGAACGAGAGCGAGAGGCCGUUCGCAACAACUCUCGAUCUGAACCUGACCCUCUCAUCUUUACUCCGACGAAGCGAACCAGCCCACGCUCGCGUAAUCUUCUAAUAACACCACAGACUGAGCCUCGAUUCAAGGAUGCACCACAACACAACUUCAUAUCACCACCCAAGACAGCCAAAGCCAGAAUGAUCUCCGAAGCGUCAGAUGAUUACGGUUGGGAUGAUGACCUGGAUGAAAGCGAUGAGCUUGUCACGGCACUAGCUUCCAGUCCGAGCCAAACCGAGAGCUUCAUCUCACAGUCGAGCUUCAUCUCACAGCCAAACUUCCAUCCUGAAUCACCGUCGAAAACACCCCGCACCGCAAACGUAACUUCGCCCGGCAAGCGCAAAUUAUCAGAUGUUGCGCAUGAGGAUGCCUCACAUGACCAGACUGCGCUCGCAACGCCUUUCUCGUCCCAGUCCUCUCGCAGCAGAAUGUUCCCUCCCUCCUCGGCGGAAGUAUGCUUGACGCCCACGCCUAGCAAAUACAAGGAUGUACUGUCUGCAGACACCAAGUUUGAUGUGUCGGACCUUGCGAAGAGUUUACUUGAUACCAUGGAGAAGCAUCAUGUCGUCUUGCCGAAUAAAGCGCGGGAUGAGGUUGUCGCGCUGCUCAACCGGCAUGACUUGAGAACGCAAGGCAUUAUCCGUGGGCGGGAUAUGACACGCUUGGCGCUGAAGAAAAAGGAUGAUGAGAUUAAGAGGUUGCAAGAUCGUGUCGCUGAUUUGGAGUCUCAAAGGGAGCUGGAUCAUGCUCUUAUUGAGGGCUUGGAACACUCUCAAUGA